AUGUGGACUGUUCAAUGGCUGGCUUUGGGUUCGGUGCUUGGUUCGGCGAUUGCGUUGACACCUGAGCAGUUGAUAUCUGCUCCGCGUCGUGGUAAUGCGAUCCCUAAUCCUUCGGGUAAAGUUGCGCUGUUCUCCACUUCUCAGUACUCAUUCGACACCCACUCCUCCUCGUCCUGGUGGAGUCUGAUCGAUAUCAGGAGUGGAGAGACCGCCCAGCUCACCAACGAUAGCAAUGUGUCUGAGUUGACCUGGCUGGGCUCGAGUGAUUCUGGGCUCCUCUAUAUCAACAGCACCAACGCCGAUAUUCCUGGUGGCGUCGAGCUUUGGAUUGCGGACGCAAACAACUUUGCCAACUCUCGGUAUAAAGCCGCCUCCCUGGCUGCACCUUUCUCGGGUCUCAAGCCUGCGGUGACCAAGUCUGGCGAUAUCAAAUUCCUCGUAUAUGCCCAGUCAUACGGCAAUGGCACAGCAUACAACGAAGAACUCGUUUCCACCCCUCUGAGUUCAGCUCGCAUCUACGACAGCAUCUACGCCCGGCACUGGGACUCCUGGCUCCCAACCACCUUCAACGCCGUCUUCUCAGGAACGCUCAAGAAGAAGGCAGCCAAGCGCUACGCCCUUGCUGGUCCUCUGAAGAACCUAGUGUCAAACAUCAAGAACCUCGAAUCGCCCUAUCCCCCAUUCGGCGGCUCGAGCGACUACGACAUCUCGCCGAACGGCAAAUGGGCCGCAUUCAAGAGCAAGGCCCCCGAGCUACCCCGAGCGAACAAUACUGCGUCCUAUAUCUACCUCGUUCCUCAUGAUGGCUCUAAGGAAGCCGAGGCGAUCAAUGGUCCGGGUAGCCCAGGCACGCCGGAGGGCGUCAAGGGAGACUCCAGCAGCCCUGUUUUCUCUCCCGAUAGCAAGCAUAUCGCGUACCUCCAAAUGACCGAUAUCUCCUAUGAAGCUGACCGACGAACUGUUUACGUCUACAAGAUUGGCUCUGACAAGACCAUCUCAACUCUCGCGAAAGACUGGGACCGCUCUCCUGAUACUAUCAAGUGGACGGCCGAUGGUGAGACCUUAGUUUUGGCCACUGAGGACCUCGGACGUGAGAGACUGUUCACUCUUCCUGUUGAUGCUGAAGAUGACUACAAGCCCAGCAACUUUACCGAUAGUGGCUCCGCGACGGCGUUCUAUAGCCUCCCCGAGUGUCCGAAGAAGGGCGUCACUGGCACUCUACUCUCCGCGAAUGAAGUCGAUCCCGGUCUUAAGGGACUAAGCUCGAAGGACUUUGACGAGUUCUAUUAUGAGGGAAACUGGACUGAUAUCCACGCUUGGAUCAUCUAUCCCACUGGUUUCGACAAGUCCAAGAGCUACCCCCUGCUCUACUACAUCCACGGUGGGCCCCAAGGUUCCUGGGCCGAUUCCUGGAGUACAAGAUGGAAUUACAAGGUCUGGGCUGACCAGGGCUAUGUUGUCGUGGCUCCCAACCCAACAGGCAGCACAGGAUUCGGUGACAAGCUGACGGAUGCGAUUCAAAAUAACUGGGGGAGCUACCCCUACGACGACCUAGUCAAGGGCUGGGAGUAUGUGCGCGACACUUUCGACUUCAUCGACACCGACAACGGUGUUGCUGCGGGAGCCAGCUACGGCGGCUUUAUGGUGAACUGGAUCCAAGGAAAUCCCCUGGGUCGCAAGUUCAAAGCACUUGUCAGUCACGACGGUACCUUUGUUGCAGAUUCAAAGAUCUCGACUGAUGAGCUCUGGUUCAUCGAGCAUGAUUUCAAUGGCACUUUCUGGGCCAACCGAGACAAUUAUCGUCGCUGGGACCCGUCUGCUCCUGAGCAUAUCCUGCAGUUCGAUACACCUAUGCUGCUCAUUCAUAGCUCCAAGGACUAUCGUCUGCCUGUGUCAGAUGGUCUUGCUCUCUUCAAUGUUUUGCAGGAAAGAGGUGUUCCGAGUCGGUUCUUAAACUUCCCUGACGAGAAUCACUGGGUCGUAAAUCAGGAGAACAGUCUGGUAUGGCAUCAGCAGGUGCUUGGCUGGAUCAAUCGUUAUUCGGGUGUUGGCGAGAAGAACCCAAAUGCAGUGAGUCUUGAUGAUACAAUCGUUCCGGUGGUAGACUUCAACCCCUAG